GGCUGUGUAAGGAGUCGGAUGGCGCUUGCUCCGUUGCAGGUGUGUUUACUAAGAUGUCGUCCUCAUAGGAAGCACCGAGGCUGAGAAAUGUCCUUACAAUUAGAAUCGCUGCCUCAAUGGGAAUUCUAUCUUUACCUGGUUCUUUCUUUUGGCUUCCAUUUUUAUUCUUUCCAUGAAGUAUUCCUAGCCUCUCAAGAAUAUGAAGAGGAACUUGACCGAACAUUUGAUCUGGAAACUGAUACAAUGUUUUGGGGACUGAAAAAGGAUCCCAUGGACUUUGAAUGGACCUUUUGGAUGGAGUGGGGCAGAGGAUAUAUACUAUGGCUUCUUUUUUGUCAUUUAAUUGUGUCACAGAUAUCCAAUCUUUACAUGAAAAAGUACAAGCCCUGGGUUUUGAUGGCCUACGGGAUGGCAGCCUGUUGGUUUUUGUUGGGCACAAAUGGUCUGAUAAUGAUUUUGCUCCAUACAAGUGUUUCGUACUUCAUGGCUCAGUUUAAAAACCCUGUUCUGACCUGGCUGAGCUCCUUGCUUCUGUUGUUGACUUUACGCAUACCUGCCCUGGAAGACAUUAAGAGGGGCUGGUAUGCCAGUGAAAAUGAGUACUACUUGCUCAUUUUUACCUUGACGGUCCGCUGUCUCUACUACACAAGCUUCAGCCUAGAGUACUGCUGGGCUAAAGAGAAGAUGCAUCAUUCGUUUCUCUGGAUGUUGUUGUAUGUGUUCUAUUAUCCUGUGUUUCACAAUGGGCCCAUUAUCACCUUUGAUGAGUUUCAUAAACAG